CCUUCCAUCCUACAUACACACAUACGUAAAACAUUCAACAUCCUCGCUUCUGCAGUCGACAACAGCCUCUGCCAACCCACCAUCAACAUGUCAAUCAUGCCAACCUACAACCCCUCUCCACAGAAUCCCCUUGCCACAUCACUUUGGCACUUGAUUUCGUGGCGUGGCGGCCAUAUCUACGGCUCCUCGCCUCGGCUCAUCGCUGCCUGUUCACUUACGCUAAUGCCUCCGCGCGUGCUUUUACCUCAACGAGAAGGUAUGUACAUGGGGCUGACUUCGUAUGCUGAUUGUAUCAAGUCGAAUCCGAAAACGAAGAACCAACCCCGGCUUGCAAGUGGAUUGCUAGAUGCGAAGUGAGCCUGACGUGGCUUUUGGAGUCAUCCAGAAUUCAUCGAAACAGACUCUGUAGUUGAACUAUUCAUUCCACAUCUUAUUACAUCGGAUUGGAGAUUCCAGAACCAAGUGUCACCCAAUGACAGACUGGUCGAUAAUAGACAAUCCCUCCAGUCCGCACACAAGGUUGCGUUCCCGCCCUUUCUAAUCCCCUGAGCUCUUUUUCUAUUCCUUCCUCGAAC